AUGCGUAUAUUUCAAAAUGAAGAUAUUGUAACCACUAAAAAUUGCUUAAUCAUUUGUUGGCAAAUUUGGAAAGCUCGAAACAAUGUUAUUUUCCGAUCUGUCAACUUUGCUCCUGCUGAUUUUGUUCAUGCUUCUGCUGCGGUUGGCGCUUCUUAUAGAGCUUUCAACCUUGCCACUGAAAGAAGCCCUAGGAACUAUCCAGACUUGAUCAAGUGGCACCCUCCUCCUAAUGGGGUGGUGAAACUUAAUUUUGAUGGCUCGGUGUCAUCUAAUGAUGGUGGUGCGGCUAGUUUCGUCAUCAGAGAUCACAACGGCAUUCUUGUUGCUGGUUCUAGGAAUCUUGGAAAUGUCUCUGUCCCUGUUGCAGAAUCCGCUGCCCUCAAGGAUGGUCUGCAAGCUGUUAAACGCUUUAAUUACUUAAAGAUUCAGAUGGAAGGAGAUGCGGCCCUAAUUAUCAACUAUGUUCAAGGAAAGUGUGACAUCCCAUGGCGCAUCAUAUCUUUUAUCAAAGAGAUUGCCCACCUUUCUGACAGCUUCGAAAGCAUUGCUUUUGCCCACAUCUACAGGGAGGCCAACUUCUUAGCUGAUGUUGUUGCUUCUUGUGGACAUGGACUCUCUAAUCCGAAGAUGUGGCUGAAUAGACUCUCUAGUUCUUAUUUGUCAGCUUAUCGGUUGAAUUCUAUUAGUUUAAGGCACCCCAAGAGGUGUUUCGUUGUAAUUUUCUUUUACAAGAACAGAGAGAUAUAUGGCUUGAGUACUGGAAGAAAGUAG